CUUUUCUUCUUCUUCUUCUUCUCGUUCUGGGACUUCAAUGGCGCAUCGGCUGCUGCGAGACGCGCAGGCGGAUGGAUGGGAGAGAUCCGACUUCCCUAUCAUCUGCGAGUCCUGCCUCGGCGACAACCCCUAUCUCCGCAUGACAAAAGCAGACUAUGAUAAAGAGUGCAAAAUCUGCACGCGGCCGUUCACUGUCUUCCGAUGGAGGCCAGGGCGUGAUGCAAGGUACAAGAAGACAGAAAUCUGUCAGACUUGCUGCAAGCUGAAGAAUGUGUGCCAGGUCUGCCUGUUGGAUCUGGAAUAUGGAUUGCCAGUCCAGGUCCGGGAUACUGCUCUAUCUAUUAAUUCGAAUGACUCCAUUCCGAAGAGUGAUGUGAAUCGGGAGUACUUUGCCGAGGAGCAUGACCGCAGGGCUAGAGCUGGUAUAGAUUAUGAAUCGUCAUUUGGAAAGGCACGACCCAACGACACAAUUUUGAAGCUUCAGAGGACCACACCUUACUACCAGAGAAACAGAGCUCAUGUUUGCAGCUUCUAUGUGCGUGGUGAGUGUACGAGAGGCUCUGAAUGCCCAUACCGCCACGAGAUGCCACAAACUGGGGAGUUAUCUCAGCAAAACAUAAAAGAUCGAUACUAUGGAAUAAAUGACCCAGUUGCCAUGAAGCUCUUAGCCAAGGCAGGGGAGAUGCCAUCCCUUGUCCCUCCCGAUGACGAGAGUAUAAAGACCCUCUACGUCGGUGGCCUAGAUGCUCGUAUCAGUGAGCAGGAUCUCCGAGAUCAGUUUUAUGCCUAUGGUGAGAUAGAGUCCAUCAGGAUGGUGCUUCAGCGUGCGUGCGCCUUUGUGGCAUACACAACUAGAGAGGGUGCUGAAAAGGCGGCGGAAGAGCUAUCAAACAAGCUGGUAAUCAAAGGUCUGCGCCUGAAGUUGAUGUGGGGGAGGCCACAAACUCUGAAGCCUGAAGGCGAGGGAGGGGAAGAUGAAGCUGCGAGGCAAGGGCUCGUGGCCCACGGAGGUAUGCUCCCCCGAGCCCUUGUAUCUCAGCAACAGAGUGGCCAGCAACCACUCCCUCCUGGUACUGAGGACCACGCACCGCAGCAGCAACAGCAACCAGCAAUGCCCUACUUCAACAUUCCAGUGCCACUGCCACCACAACGAACCUUUUACCCGUCAAUGGACCCUCAGAGGAUGGGGGCAAUCGUAUCAUCCGGAGAAACAAGUGACAGCAAAACGGGACUGGAAAAGCCAGGCCAACCCCGAGGACUGGAUGGUUCCGGACAUUCUUCAUAUCCUUUAGGACCACCACCGCCACGGCCUCAUGGCCAGUACCCAAAUUUCUAUCCUCCAUACGGGUACCCUACACUGCCGCCACCACCACCACCAUCAUCUUUACCAAUGCACUAUCAGCAUCAGUACCCACCCUAUCAACCAAUGCCGGGACCUCCGCCCCGACCACCGUCGGUAGGAAGGCCAUAUGAACAUCAAAGCUCAGCUCCUUCUGCCCCUCAAACUUGAAAUCAUAUACUUUCUGACUAUUGUUUGUGAUUUUGUUUUAAGUAAAACUUGUAUUAAUGUUCAUCAGCUUUUUGUCACAUUUUGUGUCUGAAUUUUGGUGUCUUUGAACACCUCAAUCUGUACACACAAACUUCUUGUGAGUUCAAAUUCCUGCUGUUAACAACUCUGUUUUAGAAUAUAAGUUGUAUUUGUGUA